CCUUUUUGACAAAGCAGUCGUUCAGGAAAGGGGCGUGUCCUCCGGUCAGAGAGAGAUUAAUAAACAUUUAGUAAACAUUCAGUGAGCGUGUUAUGGCCGCUGUGUGCGCUGGACGGGGAGAGGAGAUGAAGCCAGAUUACUCUUCACUCUGCCUGCACAGACAGCCCUGUGACUGAGUGAAGCACACACACAGGUUUCAGUGUGAGAGAGUCUGUGUGUGUGUGCCAACAAAAACAACGGUCCAGACAACGGUGCGUAAAAAGCGGAGAGGAGGAACAGAACCCUUCACCCCAAACCCCCAGAAACACAGCGGAGCUCCAGCACGGUGUGACCGCCGCCAUGGCGCAUCUGCGGGGCCUCGGCAACCAGAACACGCGUGUGGAUCCUGAGCAGUAUUUCAGCAAACUUGAGCGCAUUGGCAAAGGCUCCUUUGGAGAAGUUUACAAAGGAAUCAACAACCACACCAAGGAGGUAGUGGCCAUUAAGAUUAUAGAUCUAGAGGAGGCAGAGGAUGAGAUCGAAGACAUUCAGCAGGAAAUCACAGUUCUCAGCCAGUGCGACAGUCCCUUUGUCACCAAAUACUUUGGCUCCUACCUGAAGGACACCAAGCUGUGGAUCAUCAUGGAGUAUUUGGGUGGUGGCUCUGCUCUAGACAUGCUAAAGCCAGGACCUCUGGAGGAGGCCUACAUCGCCACCAUUCUCCGAGAGAUCCUUAAAGGACUGCACUACCUCCACUCCGAGAGGAAGAUUCACAGGGACAUUAAAGCUGCCAACGUUUUACUAUCAGAGCACGGAGAGGUGAAGCUGGCCGACUUUGGUGUGGCAGGUCAGCUAACAGAUACACAGAUUAAGAGGAACACUUUUGUGGGGACACCAUUCUGGAUGGCUCCUGAAGUCAUUAAGCAGUCUGCAUAUGAUUUUAAGGCUGACAUCUGGUCAUUGGGUAUCACAGCCAUCGAGCUGGCUAAAGGAGAACCCCCAAACUCAGACCUGCAUCCCAUGAGAGUUCUGUUCCUCAUACCCAAGAACAACCCACCCACUCUAGAGGGCAACCACAGCAAGGCCUUUAAGGAGUUUGUGGAAGCGUGUCUUAACAAAGACCCACGGUUUAGACCAACAGCCAAAGAGCUGCUUAAGCAUAAAUUCAUCACUCGCUACACCAGGAAAACAUCCUACUUAGCAGAGCUGAUCGACCGUUACCGCCGCUGGAAAUCUGAGGGCCAUGGGGACCAGGAGUCCAACUCCGAUGACUCUGACAUGGAGGGCGAGGACUAUGUAGCAGAUCUGAGUCCGAGGUGGACGUUCCCUCCCACCGUAAGACCCAGUUCCAUGAACAAACUUCAGAGAGGGAAUAACAAUGCAGAGAGUAAGACAACAGACGUGAUGAAGAGACAACCCAAAUCCUCCUCGCUCACGACACUCCUCAUGCCCGUCUUUCGAGAGUUAAAAGAAAAACGACGUGUGACUGGAGGCAGUGUGUGCGCUUUAGAGGAGCUGGAGAACGCCUUUAACCUGGCAGAGGAGUCAAGUCCGGGAAUCUCAGACCGUUUACUCACACAAGUGAUGGAGAGAGUGUGCAGGUUUACACUGAACGGGAACACAACCCCUCCAAAGCGAUGAGCUCUCCGAGAGAACAAUCUGGAUUCAUUCAGACCAUCGACCUCCUGUUCAACAGUCCUGGAUCUUUUCAUCAUUGCCACCCAUCUUUUUAUUUCAUUAUUAUUGCACAUUACGAUGUGUUCCAACUCUUUUCUUUGUAAAAUACUGAUUGCUUUUAAAAAGUUAAGAUCUGUGUAUUGCAGGACAUGUUAAACUUCACCAUAUUAAAUAAACCGCAAGGACACAGAUAUAUGGAGCAGUUUUGUUUUGUAGAACAGAAACCAAGGCGUUAUGAAGACCAUUCCCCCCAAAAAAAAUUCAAGCUCAGAACCCAAUUAAUACCAGUUUUGUUUUUAUUAUUAGUUAUCUCUUUUAAAUGUAAUGACAUGGACCUGACUACAGCAACAUGCUACACAAUAAAUAUGAGCAAUGUGCAACAGAAA